UAUGAAACAUUUUGUCUCUGAACAAAAGCUUGAAACUAUAGUUGAAGAGUCUCAAAUAUUAUUUGUUUCAACUGAACGUCAUAUUCGCAUUAUGAGGCGAACAAAAUUACUUGUCAUUUUUCUAACUCUACUCAUUGUUGUUUUGUUUUACUAUUCAUUUCAAGAAUUAAAGAAAACAAUUGAAACGGAUAUUUCAAACUUUGAAUCAUCUUCCCAAUACUCGACGGAGUCAGAAUCUGAACCCGAGCCGCCUCUCAAACCUGGACUAUUAAUUGAUCCAACCAGACGGUUAACGAGAAAACUACCAGUCUCACAUGUAUUCAUCACAUCUGCCUAUUAUUAUCCAACUUCUAAAUCUCUUGGUUCAAACGCAGUAGCCUUCACAAUGGUGGUCGAUUCUAUUAAUUUCAAUGUUGAAAACGCCACUUAUAAUGUUGUUGGAUCCAAUGGAACUCAUACAGAACUGACAGUUGCGACUUCACAAGUUGAAGGAGUUCCGACAUGUCGAUACACACCAGUUAUGGCUAGAACGAACUCUGUAGCAAAUAUGACAAAAUUGAAAAUGGAAUCAAAUGGGGUUAUUGUUGAGAUUCCGUUCAAAAUGGCUCGAUACACUGCGCCCAAACCAGUUAUAAUUUGUAUUUCUCCACAAUUUGUAGCUGAACAAUGGCAGAUAUUUAUGAUGCAUAUACACGUGGCAAAUCGGUUUGGUGGUCAUUUGCACAUUUAUCUAACUUCUAUUAUCGAUUCAUUUUUCAAUUUAAUGAAGGAAUAUGAGCGACAGGGGUACAUAACUCUUGACUACUGGCUUCGAAUGAAAUUCUCAAACACAAAAACUCCAUACUUUGAGCCAAAUGAGAAUAUUGAAUGGAGAAAUCAAGCGGGAGCACAAACUGAUUGUCUUCUUCAAUACAAGGAAGCAGUUGAAUACAUUGCAUUCUUUGAUAUGGACGAUAUCCUCUUCCCCAAAAAUUAUCCAACUUAUCUAGAAGAGUUCAGUGCAGAAUGGGCUCUGCAACCGGAUGCAACUUCAGUUUUUUACGGAAGAAGAGAACAUGAGUUCUUAAAAGCUGAAUCUUUAUCUGAAUUCAGUUUUCGUGAUUUGGUAAGCAGUCUCCGGUCCUCUCCUACAGUGAAACGAGGAAAAGUGGUGGUAAAACCUGACAGGUAUAACUCCACAUGGAUUCACUUCAGUUAUAAUGAAGAUCAGGGCACAAGGAGAAGCAUAGAUAAUCCAACACUGAUUCAUGUUCAACGACCGCUUCAGAAAAACGGAAACAACAAUAUAACAAAAGUUUGGAAAAUGAAUUUUGGCCCACUGAAUGAAACUAUCCGAACUCAAGAUAUAAAUGCAAUUGAAGAAGAUAUUGAAAGAAUUCGGAGAAUUCCUGCAGUUUUGUCAAUUGCAUCAAAACUUCCUAGCGCAGACUUCUAUUUGCCAAUUGUUUUCAAAUGUUAUUACGAUGCAUUUUAUGAUAAUGCAUUUGAUCAUCGAAAAGCACAACAUGGAUGCCCGAAUGCUGAUACUUGUGAACUGCCCCAAAGAAAAGAAUUCAAAUGUGUACAUUCUCAUGCAAAAUAUUUUUCUGGUCCACAUAUGCAACCAUUCACUUACCACUUUGCUAAUAACUCAUUUUGGUCGUGGAAUAUUGGUUGUUAUCAAUAAAAAUUUCAGAAUUUU